AUGAUAAGACCACCAAACACGGGGGCCAUCCUCCGAGCUGGUCUCGUUCUCGGCCUCGUCCUUGGCGCGAGAGCCAUACCGUCGGUGAACGUAGCACUACGAACCUCGUUCGGGGCUCCGCCGUUCCUGCUUGAGCUAUUAGAAACGGCAGCAGAAGAGAACGCAACCUCAUACUUCCCCCUCCUCGACCGCAUUGCCGAUGGGUACUUCGACGGUACAUCGACGGAUCAAGAGCUGUACACCAAGUUUCGAGGCUUGUUGCAAGAGGAUGGCCACCUCAGUAAAGCGGAAGACGUGUCGUCUUUCGACUUCGCACUGUCUAUCCAUUCGGUCGCGCCGAGGAUAGAGGCGCAUCACCAGUAUUACAACACCUCUGUGCACCCGUCGCUGGGAGGAGUGGAAGAAGAUGGCUGCGAGAGUUGGGUGUAUACGCCAUUUACUGGCGAACGACACUGCUCACCUGAGUUUGACGCAUCGACUUCCUGGAGCAAGCCUGGGAGCAGGCUGAACACUUUGCCUUUCGAUCGAGUGCUGGGUAAUCCCGAAAGCGAGCAGGCUUCUGUACUCUACGGCGACAUCAACUCUGCGUCAUUCCGGCAAUUUCACAAGACCAUCAGCAAGACCGCCAAAGAGGGUAAGACUUCCUACCGGAUUCGCUACAAGCCGUCGACAAACCAGGUGGUGAAGCCUCUUACUGUCAGCGGCUACGGAGUCGAGCUAGCUCUCAAACGAACCGAUUACAUCGUCAUCGACGAUCGGGAAACAGAGCAGACCCCGGCCGUAGGAGGCGAUGCACCCGCAGAGGGCAAACUUGUAGAAGAAGAAAUCGCCGAUUUGCGACCUCUAUCCUACCUGGAGCUCUUGAGAUUGGACACAAAAGCAGCCAGUUUCGUAAUGGCAAGCGAGACUCCUUUGGAUACGCUGGAAAAGCUGUUGCAGGACUUCCCCAAGCACUCGAGCACCAUAGCGGCCAUGAACGUUUCUGCCGACUUUGACAAAGAGCAUAGGGAGAAUCGCGAAGUCGUUCUUCCACCGGGAUUCAACGCCCUUUGGAUCAAUGGAGUUCAGAUCGUUGGUCGAGAUGUGGAUGCUUUUGCCCUGCUCGAGCACCUGCGCAAGGAGAGGAAGAUGAUCAACAGUGUUCGCGAGCUGGGUUUGACGGGCGCGAGCGCCAUCGAUCUUCUAUCUCACGAAGCCAUCACAACCGCGCAAGUGGAGCAGGAAGCAACGCGAUACGACUGGAGAGAUGACCACGAGGGCGGCGGCGUGGUUAUCUGGCUCAACAACAUCGAGAAAGAUACACGAUACGCCGACUUCUCCGACAGCGUGCAGGAUCUGCUCCAGCGCUCCUUCCGAGGACAAAUGCCAUCGGUGCGAAAAGACAUCCACAACGUCGUCAUUCCCGUCGACUUUUCCACGGUGGCCGACGUGCGCCUGGUGGCUGAAAGCUUGCAAGGCUUUGUGAAGCGAGGCUUGCCCAUUCGAUUUGGCGUGGUGCCUGUUGUGAGCACAACUGCUGCGCUGCAACAGGCCAAGAUCGUCUAUCACUUGGUCGAAGCGUAUGGGCUAGCUGCCAGUCUCCAUUACUUACAAGUGUAUGCUAUGGAGGCUAAGAGCAAGCUUCGUGGACCUAGCGAGCCGCAUUAUAUCAGUGCCAUCCAAGGACGCAAUCUGCGAGGGAACCAUACGGAGCAGCUGUCCCUGAAGCAGGUGCUUUCGAGCGAUAGAAUGGAGAGCAGAGUGCAAUCCACCCAAGCGUAUCUCGAGAGAUUCGCAUCCAGUGAUGGCAGUGCGGCACCAAUUCUCGUUAAUGGAGUCAUCAUUCCGAAGACGGACGAUUGGCUUCAAGGGAUGAGCGAGAAGCUGAACACUGAUGUCGGCAUCGUUCAGCAAGCCGUGUUUGAGGGACAGGUCACCGACGACAGCUACAUACCCGACCUGUUCUUGUACGAAGCACAGUCGAGGCGCAUGCCACUGAUCAUCCCAGAGGACGACAAGGAUCUGAGACAUCUCAGUCUCGGCGAACUGCCCGAGUUUGUCGACGUGCCUAGUAUCCCUGCUCAGCCGGACACGAUUGAGCGGGAGCUUGUUCAUAUGACCGUCAUUGCCGAUGUUGGGACGACGAAUGGCUUGAAUCAGCUGAUGGAGGCUCUGCUCUUCCAGCGACAACACGAUAAUGUUGAGCUGGCCUUCAUUCAGAACUCCGACAAUGCGGACGAAGUUUACGCCCAGAUGUUCGAGUCCGUUGUCGCAGACUUGGUCGGCGAGAAGAAGUUGGCUUCUGGCAACGUGGAGAAACCCUUCCGGCGUAUCACUGCUGCCGUUGGCCUACAGGCCGAUCAGACAGCCAUCACGCUCAACGGCCGCAUGGUUGGUCCAAUCGCGCGCGGCACGACCCUGGGCCAAGAUGCACUAGUGGGCCUGUACACGUACGAACGGAAGAAGCGCUUGCUGCCCGCCUCGCUGGCCAUUCAAGGAGUGGGAUUGGAGGACAAAGCGACGACCCCCUUCGCAUUCGCCAAAAUCUCCAGCCUCAUCGCGUUGUCGCAGGUGUCGGACGUGCCCGAGGGCUUCUUCGAGGCCGCGCCCAGCAUCCGCAUGAGCAUUUUCAAGAAGUGGCAGUCGGAGCACACCGCCAUUAAAGUCGGCGAUGUUGACACUGCGACCAUUCAGAUCUACGCUUCGGUUGAUCCGGCGUCGGAGCUUGCGCAGAGGUGGAUUCCGAUUAUCAAGGCUUUGUCGCAGCUCGAUGGCGUUUACACUUGUUUGUUUUUGAAUCCGAGGGAUCGGCUUGAGGAGCUGCCGAUCAAGCGCUUCUAUCGCCAUGUCAUACAAUCUUCGCCUUCUUUCAAUGAGGACGGAUCGCUGCGUGAGCAAGGAGCGACUUUUGCGGGUCUUCCUGCGGACGCCUUGCUUACAACAGGUAUGGACCUGCCGGCUUCUUGGCUUGUUGCUCCAGAGGAGAGCGUGCACGACCCGGACAACAUCAAGCUCAGUGCGCUGAAGUCGUCGAGUGAUGUCGACACUGUCUACGAGCUCGAACAUAUCCUCAUCGAAGGCCAUUCGCGAGACGUCACCGCCGGCCCACCGCCUCGAGGAGCCCAGCUGGUGCUGGAAACGGAGGCCGACCGACACUUCGCCGAUACCAUCAUCAUGGCGAAUCUGGGCUACUUCCAAUUCAAAGCGAAUCCCGGUGUAUACAACCUCGCGCUUCAAAAGGGUCGCAGCGAAGAAAUCUUCCACAUUGACAGUGCUGGGACGAAAGGCUACAGCUCCCAGCUGGGCGACGAUGGCACGGAAAUUGCGCUCAUGAGCUUCCGCGGGGCGACCCUCCUUUCGAAAGCCGUCAAGUAUGGCUCGAGUCUGCUCGGCGAUUCGGGCAAGGCUGUCGCCAGUCCUGCCCAGGCAGACAUCAACAUCUUCUCUGUCGCGUCGGGGCAUCUCUACGAGCGCAUGCUGAACAUCAUGAUGGUGUCCGUGAUGAAGCACACGGAGCACAGCGUCAAGUUCUGGUUCAUCGAGCAAUUCCUCUCGCCGUCGUUCAAAGACUUCCUCCCCGUCAUGGCGGAAGAAUACGGCUUCCAAUACGAAAUGGUCACGUACAAAUGGCCGCACUGGCUGCGGGGGCAAAAGGAAAAGCAACGCGAGAUCUGGGGCUACAAGAUCCUCUUCCUCGACGUCCUCUUCCCCCUCGACCUCGACAAGGUCAUCUUCGUCGACGCCGACCAGAUUGUGCGCACGGACAUGUACGAGCUGGUGCAGCACGACCUGGAGGGCGCGCCGUACGGCUUCACGCCCAUGUGCGACUCGCGCGUGGAAAUGGAGGGCUUCCGCUUCUGGAAGCAGGGGUAUUGGAAGAACUACCUGCGCGGCCUACCCUACCACAUCUCCGCGCUGUACGUGGUGGAUCUGCAGCGCUUCCGGGCAAUCGCGGCGGGCGAUCGGCUGCGCCAGCAGUACCAGAUGCUUUCCGCGGACCCGGGCAGCCUGAGCAACCUCGACCAGGACCUGCCGAAUCACAUGCAGAUGGUGCUGCCCAUCCACUCGUUGCCGCAGGAGUGGCUGUGGUGCGAAACGUGGUGCUCCGACGAAUCGCUUCGCGAUGCCAAGACGAUUGAUCUGUGCAAUAACCCGCUGACCAAGGAGCCGAAGCUGGAGCGCGCGCGGAGACAGGUGCCAGAGUGGACGGUGUAUGAUGAUGAGAUUGCGGGGGUGGCCCGGAAGUGGAAGGAGAGGAGUGCGGAGGGCCGGCGGAUUGCUAAGGGCGAUGGGCCGGAAGGGCGGGUGGCUGGGGAGGAUGAGCAGGAGAGCAUUCAGGAACGGUUACAGCGGGAGGAUGCGGAGAGGGAGCGCCGUGAGAGGCAGCAGCAGCAGCACGUGCGCGAUGAGUUGUGA